GGACCCUGAGAGCAGACUGGGGCCCUAAAGACAGACUGGGCUCUGACAGCAGACUGAGCCCUGAAGACAGACUGGGCUAUGAGAGCAGAUGGGGCCCUGAGGGCAAGUGGGGCCCCUGAGAGCAGGUGGCAGUAGUUGCUAGUCUUCAUGUUUACCGCUGUCGCUGUGGAGACCCAGACUCGGGUGUGAUAUCUCCGGGUCGGCCGACCUCACCCUCGCCCACCUUCACCCCACCAUACUCACCAUAUAUCAUGCAAACUUUAACCUAACUACCCAUAAUUACAUUUUAUUUUUACUUAAUUAUCCUGAAACUGUAGUCGCCUGGAAGUCGUGAGUGCAUUUUGAGGGUAAGAGGAGAGUGCGGGGCGCCGCCAUGCGAGCCGGAGCCAGCAGCGGUGUGGAGACGGGUAGGGAGACAGGAAACGUCAAAAAGGAAUGGCUUCUUAGCAUUAGUUUUUGGUCUUCUCUCCAUCAUAAUGUUGCAGGUGGGUGAAUAUGGAGGUUCACACAUUGAGUCAACUCAGUGGCAAACGAUAAGAGCGCUGUAGGCAGGCGGAAUAUAAGGUCUCUGAGUAAUGAGAGAUGUAUGAGUCACUGGGCCCAAGAGGGGGUGAGAUGGAUCCCCACAACAAGUGUAUGGGGGGACGCAUGUGGUGCGUCUCAGACAUAUGCGGCAUCAUUUGUGCUGUGAUGACCUGGUUACUUGUUACCUAUGCUGAAUUUGUGGUGUUUACAGUUACCCUGGGCACUGCAAAUUAUCCCAUCUAUACAACCUUCAAUCUUCUACUUUUCAAUGUUUUUGCAGUCCUUGCUCUAUCAUCACAUGCAAGGGCCAUGUUUACUGAUCCGGGUGCUGUACCGAAGGGUAAUGCCACAAGGGAAAAUAUUCAGCGGAUGGGGCUUCGAGAAGGUCAAGUAAUUUUCAAAUGCCCAAAAUGCUGUAGCAUCAAACCAGAGCGAGCCCAUCAUUGUUCUGUCUGCCAGCGGUGUAUCCGGAAAAUGGACCAUCAUUGCCCCUGGGUCAAUAAUUGUGUUGGAGAAAAUAAUCAGAAGUUCUUCGUGCUCUUUACAUUCUACAUUGCCCUGCUGAGCCUCCAUGGUCUCUUCCUGGGCAUUUACCAGUUCAUAAUCUGUGUCAAGAAUGAGUGGCGAGAGUGCUCCACAUUCUCCCCACCUGCUACAGUUGUCCUCUUACUCUUCCUAAUUUUUGAGAGUUUGCUGUUUGCCAUUUUUACUGCAGUAAUGUUUUUCACACAAGUUAACGCCAUCUGGAAUGACGAAACGGGUAUUGAACAGUUGAAAAAGGAGCAGGCCAGUUGGGAGAAAAAAUCACGGUGGCGAAGCAUCCAGGCAGUAUUUGGUCGAUUUUCACUCUCCUGGUUCAGCCCCUUCACCACUCCGCCUCUGCCCACAAAAACUCACUCCUACAUGUAUGCAGUAUAGCUUCUUUAUAGUUGCUGUUAGUAAGAUCAUGAGAUUACAGAGGGUAAUUGUGGGCCAAAUCUGGAUACUCGACAAGGUCAGAUCAUUGCCAUUUCAUACUUGCUGAAACUUUAAGAUUAUUAUUCUGGUAUGUUCAUUAGUACUCUGGUUGCCCAGAAUAUCAUGUUGUAUAAUGCAUUCUUUAUAUAUUGAGCAAAGGUAGCAAAUAUUACAUUAUGAUUGUAUGGACAGUCAAGGUUCUGAUGAAUAUUGCAGCCAUACUCAUAUCAGAUGUGCAGCACUAUUGAAAUGCAAUGAGAGAUUCUCUUCUUUCUUGUCAUGUAUAAAAAUAUGUGAUUAUUGUGUAAAAUGAAUAACUUCAUUACAUUGUGGAAUGUGGCUCUUCCACAAGCCCUCAUGACAAAGUCUAGUAUCAUCCAUAUUCAGCUCAUGUUGUACAUAUUCCUCUCACCUCUAUGUUUUUUCUUCUUCUGACCAAUUCUUUGUGAAUUUAGAAUUUAUGAUAUAUAUUUUAUUUAUGGCACCCACUAUCUAGAUUAUAUCUAGAUAGAUACCACUAUAUCUAGAUUAUCAUUAAAAUUGUAACUUCAUCAAAAUGUUGAAUAUUACUAUACAUAAUAGAAACCAACCUCAAUUCUUAAAUGUUUUGUAACGAUUGUGUGACAGCCCAUAACUGAAGCGUGGGGAGCCUGCAGCAUUGGCUCUGAAGUAGGUAGAGAGCAUUCGUUAAGAUAUUUUUGUUGCUUGCAUUUUAUAACUUGUCUAAAAAGAUAGUGUUAGAUAUUCAAAUGCAAGAACUCGUAUACAUGUGCUAUUCCAAAGGUCUUAAUGAAUGUGUUUGAGGGAUACAUUCAAAAGGUGUAACCAAGUUCUGUACUGUACUGACUAAAUAUUACUAAUUUAGUAAUUUACUAAAUAAUACACUAGAUGCAAUAUCUUGCAUUGUUGAUUUACAAUGUAUUCUGUAAAGGUAUGUUAUACCUUUCCUUUUGAAAGAACUAGAUCCUUGGGAAGUUUGUAGGACAUUCUUCAGGAGUGACCAUGUGUGUAGCAAGCAACUGUGUUACAGAUACUAACAGAUAUAUAGUCAAGUUUUCCAACACAUUAAGUUAUUUAAAGUUAUAAGGAUGGCAUUAGACUAUGCUUUGAGUGUACCAGUAUUGUGUUGUAUUUGAACCUCUUGACUGUCCAAGUUCCUCCUGGUCUCAUUCCAGAUUAAUAGGUGAACUGUUAUCUGCAGUAAAUAUCCUUGACUAGAGCAACAUUCCUAAACCAAUAAUGCAGAGGAAACCCUUGGGGAAGUCAUCAUAGCUGUAUAAAUUCUGGACCUACUUAUUCAGAAUUAUAAAUGCCAUAAUUGUCACAUUCGUAUUAAUGUUACAAGGCUGUAUUUUAUAUAGAAGAUGGGUUAUCCAUGGUUAUUCAAGGCACAUUUUCAUGCAAAUCAAAAGUAAUUAUAUAUAAUUAUAUCUUCAGGUAGAAGUUCUGACUAAUUAGGUCCCAAAUAUUCAAGACUUGAGAUGCGAACAUUGGUGUUGUGGUCUCGUAUGAUGCUGAUGUCACAAGUGCAAUUGCUCAUUGGAAAAUUUUACUAUGUUCAUAUCAUUAAUAGUAGUGUAAAUAUUUAUUAUUUAAACAAAAUGGCAUGAAUGUUUCAUAAUACUGUAUCCAGUAUGUAUAUAAAGAGUAUUAGAAAUUCCAGAUAACCUCUGAAAUACAGUAGCUAUAUUUUCAACACAGCACAGGAGUAUGAAAAGUGUAUUGUUAAAAGUGUAAUAAGAACUAAUGUAGAUGUUACCAUGGUCAGAGUAAUCUGUCUUACUGUGCCUUAUGAUUUGGAUCACCCCAGCUUCCCUUCCCUAACUCCAGAUCUAAAUUAUGAAAUAUCAGUACCACAAUACUGUAUAUAGAAAAUAUAUAUUAUGCCCAAGAAUGGACCUAAUAUUAAUAUUAAUUAUAUAAAUGGAAACGGACGUUUAUACACACUUGUUCACAAUGUUAAUUGAAAAACAUUGCAUUUUAAAAACUUCAAUUGAUCGUAAAUGAUACACAUACUGUAUCUUGCAUCAUAAUACUGUACUGUUAUUUCCUGUAAGAAAUGGAAGGAAUAUUGUUGGAUAUACAGUAUUGGCUUUGUUUCUCCAUCACUUGAUUCUUCCUUCAGAUCACAUAUCUCUUAGAUGUGCCCGGCACACAACGUACAUGUCUGAUGGCUUUAAAUAUUUGUAACAUUUUAAAUAUUUAUAUUUAUUUAUAUUUUGAUAUUUUAAAUAUUUUUUCUUUAUAGUUAUUGUUCUAUAGAUACUGCUUACCUUACUUGUAAAAGUUUAUACUCUUUUUAAGAAAUUGGUUUUGUGGCCUUUUUCAUUUUGUAGAUACAGUGCAUUUUCACCCAAACAAAAUUAUUGGUUCCAAUCCUUACCAUCAUGACCACUCUUCACUAUUUUUGUAGAUUAAUUACUGUAUUUUGAUUUUGCUUAAAAACAUGGCAGACAUUUUUGGCAGUGACAUUGCAUUUGUGAAGUUUGCAGUGAUCUUGUUAGAAGUGUAAAAUAUCUGUAGUAGUGGAAUAUUUUGGUUAGAAAUGUGGAGGGUCUGUAGAUGUACUGCAGUGUUCUUGUUGGAAACUGCAGGACAUGUGAAAAUAUUGAUCCCAUGUUGGAAGUACAUAGGGCACGUAAAAGUACUUUCCACCUUUUGUUGAAAGUGUAGCAAACUUUUAGAAGUACUUCAGUGCUCAUGUUGAAAGUAAAGGGCUUGUAUAAUUUCUACGGAAGUUUUAUUGGAUGUGUAAGUGACUUGGUGGAAGUGCUGUUGUGCUCUUGUUAGAAGUGUUAAGAUCUUGUAGUAGUAUUUCAGUGCUCCUGUUGGAGGCAUGAAUGGCUUGUAGAAGUGAAGUAUGCUCUUGGUGGAAGUGCUCAAGUUGCACAUUUGUGUAGAUCAGUGGAAAUAUUGUGGUUAUCUCAUUGGUAUUGUGAGGCUUGUGGAGGUACACCAGUGAGCUUGUUGGUAUUGUGAGGCUUGUGGAGGUACACCAAUAAUUCUGUGAAUCUGAGAUACCUAUAAAAGCACCAAAAUUCUGAUAUAGCAAAUAAUAUUUAUCAUUCUUUUAUUUACAAAUUCUAAACAAAAUAUUUUUAUAUCCAGUAUACUGGAUAUUUAGUCCUAUGACUUAAAGCUUCUUUUCAUAUAAAAAGGUGUAAUGUUUAACUCUUGUAACAAGCACAGGGUUCCACAUUUUUGGAUUAUUCCAAUUGUCUGUGGAAACUGAACUUCUGUUUAUGAAAAAAACAUGUUCUGAUGGCAUAAGGUUGGUUAUUCUCCCAAUAUUGGGGAAAACAACUUUUACGUGUAAAAAAUUGCUAUAUGUCAACCAAUGACUUUGUUAGCAUUUAUAAAGGCCUAACAGGGAAAAUGUUAACAAAUAACAUCUCUCACUUGGUGUAUCUCUACAUCAUUGUCAACACUUUGCGUUCUUUUCAACCACUUUUCCUUCUUGUCCCUCUGCCUACUUUUCUUCUAUUUCCCUUGAAAUUAAAACACUAGUAACUAAAGCCAGUAUAUCAACUCUGCAUAUGCAAUGUCGUAUUGUCCUCGUUUACAAGAAGGUAAUUAAUGUUGAAUGUUUUAAUGCUAUGUAGUAAAACAUUAAUUUCUGCAUUUAUCUGUUGCCUCUUAAAUUAUGUUUCUAUUUUUUUGACAUUUAUUCUAUUUCAACCGCUUUGUCUGCAUCCACUCAUUUCUUUCAGAUAAAUUCAUACAUAACUAUUCACUUCAAAUACAGUAUUAGCUAAUAUUAUAAUACAAUUGUUUUAAGUAAUUUCCAUAUUGGGUUAUUAGUACUUGAAAAUGUCAUGUAGAUUUAAAUGCUGAAUAGACAGCUUUUGAAUGUUCAGUGUUCCUAUUAUUUAAUUAAUACAAUAUAUACUGGUACAGUACUGUUGGGGCCACCGAUUAUUAUCAUUAUUUUCUGAAGCAAAUUUUUGCCAUCCUCUCUGAAAAGGUUGCUUUUAUCAACACUUCAGUUAUUGCUAUAUUAUUUAGGCAGUAGCCUCAGUAGCACCUCAGAGUUUGUUUACUGGCUGUUAUCAGACAAAUUUGCCAAUGGCAGAUAUCUGGCAGACUUUCAUUGUCUACAGGGAACAAGGGCCUAUUUAAUAACACUUGCCCCAUCAACAUGGUAGAGAUAUAUGUGGGAAUUAUAGAUUUAUCCAUUAUUGUAACUGACUUGCCCCAAAAAUACAGAGAAAGGAGGUCACAAUACACUCAAAUUUCUCCCAAGGAAUGUUUUGAAAAGCAUGGAAUUACCCAAACUAAACUCUGAAAACAACUAUUCAAGCAUUCUCAAUGAUUUGUUCCAGUCUUGAUUACUCCCAGGUCUAAAUCACAAAACCAUUUCUCUCCUGCUUGGUGCUGGUUACCCACUGUUUUGAAAGUGUCUAUAAAGACUGCUGGUCUUCUGAGAUAAGUGGGCAGCUUAUUGGGCAUUGCAUUGUAGUCCUGUCUGUUUAUGGAGUUGUGAUGUUGCACUUAUCACACCUGCUUAGUGGGGGGGCUGCAAUAUCUCCCCCGCCCUUUGUAGCUGCCUGCCACAUCUAGGCUGUUCAUCUGUUCUCCUGUUUAGGUGGAUCAUCUAGUUUACAAGCUUUAAAGAAGCUUGUAAACCUUUUAGGUUACUCUGUCCUUCCUGCCAGGUUUGUGCCUGGAGUUCCAGCAUUUGGCUUUCUAUGUGGUCCCACCCAAUGUUUUGCUUGGGUGGGCUGUCUGGUUUUUCCUGUUCCAAGGAUGUCGUUGGUUUUCCUUGCUUAACUAGUUGGGUUACAGUGCUUCCCCACACAAUUUAGAUCCUGACAACUACAGCAUUGGCUGCUUCCCUGUUGGUCAUGACUGGAGUUUCUCAAAGUGGGGCCUUUAUCUCAUAGGCUCAUGGGUGGUAUGUUUUCCUAGUUCCUUGACUAGUUGGAUGCCAGACCUGACAGAGGCUCCAUUAAUCACAGCUGUAUUGGAAUUCCCUCUGUUGUGAGCUUUGUCUAUGGCAUUCUCUGUGUUCUACCUUCUGACUAUUUUUGGCAAUUCUCGUGGAUGCUCUCCUGCACUUCCCAUUUUUUUUUCCGGAGAAGUGAGUGUCGAGUUCAUAGAAGGACUUCAUUCAGUGACUUUCUUCGUUUUCAGGUGGUUGCUUCUUCAGAAGUCAAUUUGUUUAUGGUAGUGUCCAGUUGCUUUGUGCUAUAGAUUCAUUUGUAUUGUGCAUGGUUACACAGCCUGCUGAGGCGGCAUACCACCUUAUGUUUGCUUGGGUUGGUAAUUGUUUUUGAAUGCAAACUUUUCCUUUUUCUUUGCUUGGGGCAUCAAGAAUUGAUUGGAUGGGUAUAUGAGUGAAAGGGGGUGGAUUUUAGAUAGGAACUUUUUAGUAUGGGCCUGCUGUGGUGCUCCGUGAUGUUUAUGUUCUUGCGUUUUAUUUCCUGGAUUUGGAGUGAUGCACACUGCCACUGGUGGCAAAGAAAGUGUUGCUUGUUUAUUUGUUUACUUAUUUGUUUACAGACAUUUGCUACAAGACAUUUCUUGGGGAAGUUUGUUUUCUGGCCACUUUCCAUUGCAUUUUUGUGUAUGUCAGCCUCGGUAUUGGAUUAAUUUCUGUGUCCUUUGUACUUUUCCACCACAUAGAUGGUGCAAGGGUCCUUAUCACAGGUUGGCAAGGGGAGUCUUACUGAUAUCUGGUGUUGGCAGGUCUGAAGAAUAACAGCUAGUGCACAAACUCUGGGGAGCUACUGAGGUAGUGCCCAGAAAAGGGCAUAUUAUUACACUCAACACAGUUUUUAGUAGCAACCCACAUAUACAUAACAAUUUACUGCAUCGUUAAAAAAUUAUAUAAUAGAAAUAUAUGUAUGAAAUGAAUGGAAAACUAGAAAAAAGUUUUUAUUAUCAAAGUGUUGGUCUGGCACAUUUACAAAUUCAUGCCCUGAAGUCAGUUUUGCCACAACCACACGUGUGUGUGAUAUUGUUUAUAUAUACAGUAUGCUGUGACACUAGUGAUACUCAUUACACUGUAAUUAUUAUAUAUUUAAAAUCAUAUAUAUUCCCUUUUAUUAAAAAUAACCAUUAAUAUUUUAUUACAAUGAUUUAUGACAAAGUAAUUGGUUUGCAUAUUGAACACAUUUAAUUUGUUGCACAAUUUGUUGAGUUAUGUCAUUGUUAUAUUCAUGGUAAAUUGUUCAGUAGGUCAUUUGAGCUUUAGAGCGAUCCAUUGGUGGCAGAGGAAACACUCCAUAACUUGACUGCUAUAUUUGCAUGCCAUGUGAUAGCACAUAAUAUUAUGAUCCUCACAGGGUUGACUUUCCAUACAUAAAGUGUUAUUUAAUUAGCCUAACAGACUAUAUAAGGGGUUAGGGCCAAAAUGUUAAACAUUACUUAAACAUAAGUAAUGACACUAGAUUUACAAGUGAAGAUUAUUUCAAGGCCUAGGAAGAAAAACUUCUGCAAGUUUGCACUAUAGUAUUCAAAAGCAGGUUAAAAAAUAUCAUACCUUUUAAUUACAGUACUGUGGUGCAGAAUUUAUCUAUUUGAAGAUGAAUGAAUGUGAUUGUGUUCCUAAUAAUGAACAAACCACAGUAUGGGUACUGUGUAUAAAAGAGAACUUAAGUUCAAAUUUAUGCAAAAGUGGGCACUUGUUCCUCAAAAAGAACCAACGGUCUCGGUUCUGGUUCUUGCUUCAAAGUGGACCAGUCCCAGUCUUGGUCCUUUCAGGAGAGAGGAACUAUAACUGACUCGGCUCUUGGUCCUUACGUUAAAUAUAAGUAUUUGAGUGACACGAAAUACUAUAUUUAAUUGAAGACAUUGGAAAUAAUUAAUAUUUAAUUUUAGUAAAUUACAGUUAAAUUCCUAAUAAUACAAUUAAUACAAAAUUAGUGUAACAACUUCCAUUCCAGUCUCGGUCUCAUUCCGAGUCCUCUCGAGGAAACAGUUCAUCUUUUUUAUCCCAAUAACUUUUAAACAUGCCAAAAUCACUAUACAGUAUUCUUAAAUAUUAAUUUACUGUAAAUUCACUUUUCACUUAAAACACUCAAAGACAGAAUUCUCUGAUAACUGAUACUUUACAAUAAAAAUGUAUGGCAACAAUUAUACCGGCAGAAGGCAGUAGGUUUCUGUAAUGAUCGUGUGUUGUAUGAUGCACCACCACAGCCUAACAGCAACUUUGUCAUUAACAGGCCAAAUGUUUCUUAGCUUUGUCGUGAGCUCUGUACAGUUUGAUAUUCUGUGGCAACCCAAAUCAUCUGGGUUACCAUACAAUGCUGAUUAAAUUUUCCUGGUGAUAUUGUACGCAACUGACAACAAUUUAAAAUACUGCAACUA